AUGCAAGCCUAUCACAGUUUCGAAUACACUUUUACAAACAACUGGCAAGUAUUGCAGUAGCAAGAAAUGAUAACUACACCCUAAAUAUAGCAAGUCGUCUUUAUGUACGCGAAGGCUUUCAUACAAAAGAUAGCUUUCAAAGAGUGCUUCGUUAUUAUCAUUACAACGAGACAUUACAUAAAUUCAAUCUCGAGCAGAAAGAUGAACUUAUUCAGCAAAUCAAUGGUUGGAUCUCAAGUAAGACUAACAAUAAAAUCAGGAAUAUAAUAACAAGGGAUACUAUCGACGGGGAUACCAGAAUAUUACUCCUGAAUGCAAUUUAUUUUAAAGGCACUUGGGAAUCACAAUUCAUGAAGAUGGCAACUGCACAAAGGGAAUUUCAUAUUUCUGAAAACGAAAAAAAACUGGUACCAAUGAUGAUAAAAAUGGACGAAGUACCGUAUUACGGAGAUGAUUCUGUACAAGUUAUUAAACUGCCUUACAUUGGUAAUGAGGUAGAAAUGGUUUUCAUAUUACCAAAAACACGCUUUGGUUUAGCCAAUGUUUUGAAAUUUUUGACUGGCGAAAAGCUAUUCAAAUAUAUUCGUGAUGCACAGUUACAAAGCGUUUCCAUCAGUUUGCCAAAAUUUCGAGUGGAAGAAAAAUGGGAUCUGACUAGUGCUUUGAAGGAAAUUGGCAUCACAGAUGCUUUCAGCAAUACAGCUAAUUUCGCAGAGCUUGUAAACGAUACACUUCCAAUUUCGUUAACAAAAUUAUGCAUGCAGGAUUCAUUGAGGUUUGUAGAUGAAAAAGGGACAGAAUCAGCAGCUGCCACUACAGUUGAGCUUUCGUUUCGCACACUUCCGUCGUACCGUUUCGUUGCUGAUCAACCAUUCCUUUUUGCAAUCGUGAAAGACUUGAAAACUAUUCUAUUUGCAGGCCAAUUUGUCAACUGA